GAUGAACCUGUAUGUGGUCCUCUGUGGAGUGUUUCAUCUGUCGGCAGUGAUCCAGUCGGCAGCAGUCACACAGGACAUCGGGGUUAUCUCCGUCAAUGUUGGGGACAGUGUGACUUUACAUUGCUUCUACAACAGCCAAGUGGCCAUGCACUUCUCCUGGUACCAACAAACCUUAGGAGGCAGACCUGAGCUCCUGUCUAGUGUUUACAAGCAUGAAAAACAAUCCAAAGUCUUCCCCUGGAUGGAGAAGAACCUUCGUUUCUCUGUGAAAAGGGAGGAAGGGAUGAAUAAUUUACACAUCGCUGACGCCCAAUUCUCAGAUUCAGCUACAUACUUCUGCGGAAGCUCGCACUCCAACAUAGUGGAAUUUGGAGUGGGGGUCUUUCUAAGUGUUAAAGGAACCAACCACAAGAAAGUCGUCCAGGGGCCAGUAUCUGAGACCAUCAAGCCAGGAGGCUCUGUGACUCUCAACUGUACCGUACACACUGGGUCGUGUGAAGAAGAACACAGUGUUAACUGGUUCAGACAAGAAACUGGCCAAGGUAUUCUUUACGUGCAUGAGAACAAGAGUAACCACGUCCGCACAGCGGGGUCUCCUUCACAGGGCUGCGUGUACCAUUUGCAGAAGACCAACCUGAGCUCCAGUGAUGCUGGAACCUACUACUGUGCUGUGGCUUCCUGUGGGGAGGUGCUGUUCGGAAAUGGAAGCAAAGUUCUCGUCCAAGCUGAUGUCGAAGACCAUAUGGAACAGAUGAGAAUCUUAGUCUGGCUUUCCAUCAUCAGAAUUGGUUUAAUCUUCUUCUUUGUAACUAUUUGUUUCUUAGUUUAUAUCAGUGAGCUUGGGUGAAGUCUUUAAUGCUGAUUCGACUUUAAUGCAGAGUUGACUUUGCUCCGAAUCUCUGUAACAGUUAAGAAAUCGUAC